AUGGGUUCUAUUGCCGCAGAGCAGCCUACUAAGAUUGCUCCUCCUCCAUCUAAAAGCCACUAUAAAAUAGCGUCAAUACCAGCAGACGGCAUUGGUCCAGAAGUCAUCUCCGCUGGAAUCUCGGUCCUCGAAACGUUAGCCGAGACGUUUAAGUCAUUCUCCUUCUCUUUCAGCCACUUCGACUGGUCAUCAGACACGUACUUACGCACUGGAGCAUAUAUACCACCCGAUGGACUGAAGCAGCUCAAGGCCCAUGAUGCCAUUCUGUUCGGUGCCGUUGGUGACCUACGUGUACCGGAUCAUAUAUCACUUUGGGGCCUGCGACUUGCGAUAUGCCAGCCAUUGCAGCAGUAUGCCAAUGUACGGCCCACUCGGAUUCUACAAGGCGUCUCAUCACCUCUUUCUGCCUGCCAGGGCUCACCAGCAGCAACGUCCAAGCUCGACUGGGUGAUCAUCCGAGAGAACAGUGAAGGCGAGUAUGCGGGCCAUGGUGGUCGGUCCCAUAUCGGACAGCCUUGGGAGACAGCCACGGAAGUCUCCAUAUUCACACGCGUGGGCGUGGAAAGAAUCAUGCGAUUCGCAUAUGAAACAGCCCGCUCAAGGCCGAAGAAGCAUAUCACUUUCGUGACGAAAUCAAAUGCGCAACGAAACGGUAUGGUGCUGUGGGACGAAGUCCACGACAUGGUUCGAAAGGAGUACCCAGACGUUACUUCCGACAAAAUGCUUGUUGAUGCAAUGACCUGCCGGAUGACGCUACAGCCAGAGACCAUUGACACUAUCGUGGCUACGAAUCUUCAUGCAGACAUUCUUUCCGAUCUCGCAGCUGCUCUGGCGGGCUCGAUCGGUAUCGCGCCCACCAGCAAUCUUGAUCCAACGAGGCAAAAUCCCAGCAUGUUCGAACCUAUCCAUGGCUCAGCCUGGGAUAUUGCAGGUAAAGAUGUGGCAAAUCCUGUGGGCACAUUCUGGACUUGUGCUGAGAUGGUAAGGUGGCUGGGCCAAGAAGAGGCCGCGGAGCUGUUGAUGGAAGCUGUCGAGAACACGAUGGGCAAGGGCGUCAAGACACGGGACUUGGGCGGUUCAGUCGGGACGAAGGAGAUGACUUCUGCUGUUUGCGAAGAGAUCCAGCGGCUUGGUGCAGGUAAUGCGGUGCCAACAAAAGCAUCGUGA